GGAAGAUUCGAUUUGAACAGGAACAUGGAGAAGGAUAAAGAAGCUGUUUCCAGCGGUGUUGACGCAACGCCAGCAGAAACUACAAUCUUCUGCACAGCCUGCAGUGUGAAUGAAAAGGCCAGCCAUAUGUGUAUAGAUUGUGACACAUACUACUGUGACUCUUGUCUGAAGGACCACAACAAACUGGCGAAUUUGAGAAGCCAUCUCAUUCUCGUUGGAGAUGAGAUGAAAUCACGUGGUACGAAGAAGCAGCUUCCAACCGAUCGUUGCGAGGAGCACAAUGGGAAGCACGUGGAUAUGUUCUGUGUUUACCAUAAGGUCGUGUGUUGCAGCGCAUGCGCGGCCAUAAAACACAGAUCAUGUAAGAAUGUCCAGUAUAUUCCCGAUGUAUCGAGCGGAACUAAAACAUCGCAAGAUUUUAAGGAAGCUUUAAACAAAGUAAAAGAAAUGCGUGGGAGAAUUCUUCGUGUAGAACGGGAAAAGUACGAUAACAUCCAGAGCAUCGAAAACGAAGAACGCGACAUAUUGAAGCAAAUUGAUGAGUAUUCAGAUCAAAUUAAGCUCAAAAUAGACGAGCUGGCUGGUAAGUCCAAAGAACAGGUCAAAGAGAAACACGAUAGCUGUAAAAAGGAAAUCGAAGAGGCGAAAGCAAAGCUGCAAUCAUUCCUUACACAGAUAGCUUUGCUGGAGAAGAGUGAAUCACCGGAAGUAAAGAAUGAGUCUCAGGUCUUUGUUGACAUGAAGAAAAGUAACAACAUUGUGGAUGAAGUCAAAAAGGAAAUGGACAAAUUUGAGAUAGAGUACAAGAUGAGAGAAGUGAAGUUUGAUAUAAAUAAAGAGGUUUUGACCUCAAUUGAAAAACAUGCUGGGCUUGGACAAGUUCAACCGGACAAAGCUAAAAAAGGCUGGUUUUCAAGUUAAACCGGAAAACUCACACCAGGUUUAGACAAGUUCCAAAAAAUCGUUACUUCAGUUUGUUUUCUACCUUAAGUGCACCAAGUAACGAGCUUUGGUCGUUCAAAACUGGCAUUGCUUUUUUGUUUGAGUCUUAUUGUAACCGGUUAUAUUCGUGCUGUGUAACUGCAAUGUGUUCAAUAACAUAACUUUAAACAUAUGCAUGUAACCUGAUAAGAAUUUGAAAUGAUUUCCUUCUUACUAGUGCAUAAAAUUUUGUUUUCAAACAUUUAACGGACAGUAAAAUUGGUUUCGGAGACUACAUAAAUUCUUUUGCAAUAUAGCCAUCGAGAAGAAAAGUGUUAUUAAUUGUUGGUUAUAGUCAGAAAACAAGAAUUUGACAUAUAACCGCUAAACACAUCUUUAAUGGUAAAGCAAGAUUGUGGAGGAUAUAGUUUGUUUGUUGUGAUUGUAUUUGUCUAUCUGGUGUAAGUUUGUUUUGGUGUGUGUGUUUGUGUAUGUGUUGAAAAUAUGUUUGUGUUUAUCGUUCAUUGUCGUGUGGGCCCUUGCCUUGUGCUGUCAAAUAGGGUUAAUUGUUUUCAAUUUUUGACUACUAUCUUCGUCCCUGUAUAAUCGUCCAUUAUAUAAUUGUAAAGUAACGAAGCUUUGUUGAAUUAAGAUGAUUACGAUUUCCGACACUCGCUAAAUACUCAACUGAUUUUCGUGCUUACGUUGUAUCACGUGCGUUGAUAAAAUUGAUGUACUGACUUUUGGUUUCAUAACCUUUUAUAAUGAUGUUUGUAGGUAUAUGUGUAACGGUUUUAUUAUUAGCGUUCCGGUGGUUUAUAGUGAUUUUUCAGUACAAUCAAUAUGAUAUUUUCACUGUAUUGAAAUGUUAGCCGUCUCUCAGUUCCAAAUCAAACGUCAGUGCACCCAGGUAUGGGACAAAAUUAAUGACGUCGUUUCAGUGUAAGAUAGCCAUACAUUUUGACUUUUGAACACCAAAAGAAAUAUUUGUUGGCGCUUCCUCUGUGAAAUAUAUUACAAUCUUACACUGAAACUCAAUUAUCCUUUGUGUUAUUAUGUUGUAUUUGUGUCAUUAUUGUCUUUAUAUUGUCAUUUUUUUCUUUUGCAAUAUAUGUUUAUUGGUUUAAUAAUCAUUUAGCUGCUUGACUUCUCCAUACUCUAAGUAUGAUUGGAGAAAUGACGCCGACGCCAGCAUUAUUUCCAUGUCCCAUUGAUUACCGCUCUAUUUCCUCGAGAGAGACAACACCGCUAAUUGGUAUUCAUUUUUCUAACUCCGAAGGGCCAAGUAAGGUCAACAUCUCGACUAGACAGCUUUCAGGAUUAUACAUAUUCUGUGUAAUUAUGCUGACCAAAUGUGAAUAGAAGAAAUUGUGUAUUGCACAUUGAUAUAUUGCAUUACAAUAAAAAAUAUAACAUUACAAUUGUUUGUGAAAAUAUGACGGGACUAUUUAUAUUCGGAUAUAUAUCACUAUAUAUUAUUAGUUGUGGUACAUGUAUUAAAGCUCUAUUUCAGUAGCUCUGAUCAAACAGCGAUAACCAUGUAAACUUGUCUGCUUGUUUUAUGUCAUUUUGUCGAGUUAUAACUUGACAGGAUGACAAAGUUAUGUCGAUUGUGAAGUCGAUGAAGUGUGCUGAACUAGUUUCGUCGACACAAGCCGGAAUAUGCAGUAAUUAUCUGAACAAGUCAACAUACUUUUGACAACUGCCUUGAUAUAACUCGUCAUGUCGAGAUAAAACGUUUACAAAGCAACCUGAUAGCAUGAUAAUUAUAAACGAUGUGUAGUUUAUAGUUUAUUUACGUCUCAUCAUUGUACAUCAAAUAUACAGUUUAUAUGACUUAUGGUAUACAUAUCCACGAGAACAUUGCCACUCAGAAUAGAGUUAUGCAAUAUUUAAAAACUGAAAUGUUUUAAUGUUGUAAAUGUUAACAUUAUAAAACAAAUAUAUUAAACGUUCACUUGUCACUAAAACCUUAAGAACAAUUAUUCAUAUUUUUUUGGUUACAAAAAGUUUAUAAAAUGUUUUAAACAAUUAAAAGCAGCACAACACU